AUCUGCAGGAUACACGAUAGAAUGAUAAGAUGGGUCCUGAAGUUUAUUAUUUCGUGGAUGGGUCUGGGCAGACGUUAAACGUAGGAAUCGUUAUUAAGGGUCUGGCUGAAAAAAAAGUUCUUGACAUCUCUAUAAAAAGCAAAUUGUUGCCUAGCAACUGUCACGUACAUGUUUGAUUGAUUGAAAAUCGAAAACAAAUAAAUUAUGACUGAAAUGUUCAAGGUUCAAUAUAUGCUUGUUUCUUCAUUAAAGAGCCUAAUGUAAAUGUAAGUGUGAUAGUACAAUAGUAUUCUUUGAAAAUGGCACAACACAACAAUAAUCAGGAUUCUCAUUCUAACGAGAACAGUGUCUCUACUAAAGAAUUUUUGCACUUCGAAAAAACAUGUGAGGCUUAUAAGGACAGCGAUGAGGAGAUAAAAACGAUAUUUAGUGAAAUAAACAAACUAUCGGUUGGCAACGAUAAAGAAAAACUUAUCGGAGAUGAUGUUGAAGAUGUGGAGUUGAUAUUGAAGAGAGCUGAAGACAUUGCUCUCGAAACUAAAAACUUACUGAAGAGCAGCCCAGCCUCUUCUAAAAAUGUGUCCCCAGCAAAGGAAUGUACUGCUACAGUGCCUCUUAUCAAAGUUACUAAAGCCAAUGAGACUGAAUUCAAUGAGAGUAUAAUUUCUGGAAAUAAGGUGAAUCAAGUUGCCAAGCAUAAUAUUAAAGAGAACAAUGAGCCACGUCGCAAACCAAAAUCGAGGCCUUUCUCUGCCAGCGUUAUAGAUUCAAAGAAAAGAGAGAAUGCGAAAGUAGCGCGAUUCAUUACCAAUUCACCAAAAAGAACCCCUGGCUGUAAACAUGAGAAUUUAUUAGAAGAAUUAAAGGAUACAAAUGAACGAGUUAAAGCCAUCGAGCUCAUUAAUGUGCAACUGACUGAGGAUAAUAAAAUAUUAAGGAAGAAGUUGGACCAAGUAAAUGAACAGAAACAUGUAGCUGAUCUUAAAUUAAACGAGUGUGAAAAGUUCAUUAGUAGAUUGGGAAAGGAAUAUGAGAAUAGAAACUCAGAAUUAAAAGCAGUAAAAGAAAACGAGAGCAAAGUUAUCGCGGAAUUGAAUAAAGAGAGGAAUGAAAGAAAGAAUUUGACUAUCCAGCACGACAAAGAUAAAAUCGUAAUUAAUGAUCUUCAGAGACAAGUCAAAGAAAUGGAGAUGAUCUUGAAACGAAAGCAUCCAGAUUCCGUUUCGGCAUUGAUAGUUGCUGCAAAGUCCUCGACUGUUGAAGACAAUAAAAAAAAAUUGUUAGAAGAACGCAUUGCUCGUCUCGAACAAGAACUUAAAGACAAAGAAGAUCAUUUUCAGGGUAUACUGUUAACGCUUCAAGAAAAGUUUGGUGAUAUGAAACAGAAAUACGAGAGCCAUAUUAUUGACGUUGAGCGUCAACUUAUGGAAGACCGUAAAACAAAUUCUGAUCUCAAAAAUAAGAUUAACAAAACAAAUGUUCUUACCACCGCUGUUCAGACGGUGGCAAAAACUCAACAUACUGUAUCAACUCAGACAUUUAUAAAGCCAGAUAGAGCUUCUUCGGCUGUAAGCAGGUUGUCUCAGAAUUCGGCACUAAUUUUGACCAAGUUAAAAGAAGACAGUUACUUGGUGGCUACUAUAAAAGGGCUGCAAACAGAAUUGACUGUAAAGCAACGCACUAUAGCUAAAAUCAAUAGGGAGACGGAAGAGUUGAGGAAGAACUUGAGGAAUUUGCAGAAGGAAAAAGAAGUUUUGUUGAAUUUGAACCCGCAAAGGAAGGUCGGCUGCAGGCCAGCCAAAUCUAUAGAGAACAUUCUGGCAAAAGUCACCAAUGAAAUGGAAGCUGAGUUAUCAGAGGUGAGGAAGCAAAAAGAGGUUUUGAUGCAAGAGCGGAGCAGCUUGCUGGACUCCCUGAAACGGAGUAACGAAGAAUUUAUUCUGCUGAAGAAGAAGCGAAUUCAGGAUCUACAUACGUUACAACUCGCCCACGAAAAGGAGUUAAUGCAAAUGAACAUGCAAUUAUAUCCAUUGCAAGAAGAGAUAAAAUUACUCAAUAGGACUGUGGAGAUCCUGCAAGAACGAAUCAGGACAGCUGACGACAAACUCCUGAAGUACCAGGCUGGUAUAAAAGAGGAUGUGUAUGCUGGCGGGGACAACCCUGGUGUAAGAGGUUCGAGGAGAUAAGUUAAGUGAUUCAUUUAGAAUAGCUUGGUUCAGUUUAGUUGACGUGAAUUUAUUUUUUUUUGGCUAUGAGUUUUAGCUUCUGCAAUUUUAGCAUAAGGUUGUAAUUUGGAUAUUAUUUGAAGUAUGAAAUUAUUGUGUUAAGACUAUUACGUUAAUUUGGUCAUAUCUUAAUGUCAAGCAUUAGACAUUGUACCUACAUAGGUCAAAAAUAAGGUAUUUAAUUAUUUAAGAAUUAUGUUGAAUCUUUAUUCUAAAUUAAGUUAGUAUAUCGAUUUGGAUAGCCAAAACAUUUCUGUACAUAUUUAAAACUUUUCGCAAUUUUUCUGACGCUAAGACAUUUAUGAAGAUGCCAUAUUUUAACGAUGUUGCAUUUAUAUAAUCUUUACUUCGGUAAAUUUUGAUAUGUAAAAAAAAUUCCAUGUUGGCGUUCAUGUAAGGUUAUCAACAUGCCUUUGUUCUAUGUUUACGUUUUCCCGAAAAUGUGAACUAGGUGCUGUUAAAAUUAAUUUUCGUUUCUACUUAUUCCGUUCCAAAUAGUUUGAGUUAUUGAGAUUUCAAGUCAUAAAAAAUAUGAUUUUAUAAAUCCUGUUUAAUGUAUAUUAAAAAACCUAUGUUUUUUGGACCUGUAUCCGUACCCAUACGUAAAUCGAAAUAAAAACCGGUCAAGGGCGACUUAAAUUCGAGACCCCCGUCAUACGUUUUUUUUGUUAUUUUAUUAAUAUUUAUGACGUAACAAUUGGUCACAAAGACGUAAUUUAGUCAAUUACUUAUGCUUUAAUGUGAUGAAUUGAACAUUAUUAAAUAAGAUAGCAACCGGUCCAUAUUUUUACAUUGAUAUUGUUAGUAGAAAAGUAAGUACUUGAUAUGCUACUAUACAGUUUACUCUACGCGUGUACACGAGGCUUUAGAUAGCUAUCAAGUAUAAGAAUCCACUGAAAUGUGGCAUAAUUGAUCUGAGCCACUUAAAUUAUAUGUUAAUUUAACGAUAAUAAUGGGACCAGAUAGCUCUAAGUGUUCUUCAAGUGUGCCUAGAGUGGAAUGAUAAGAAAUAUAAUUAAAUAUACAGUAUACAACCUGACAAGAAUCUUUUGAUGCGCGGUUAAAAAUCGAACUAAAUAACGUGUACGCUAUUACAUUUUCUUAUUUAGAACGCAGGUGGCGCCCCCACUGAAAUGCCAGAAGAUCAUUGUCAGAUUGUUAUUCUUGAUGUUAAUAUUAAAAGCACAAGUCACUCUCCAAUGAUGUUCCUAUGGUAUACGUGACAAAUUCUAGUCUAUUUUGUGGUUGCAUUUUGCCUAGCUUAUUCGGUGCCUUAACGGUUAACUCUAUUAAAUAAGUGUAUUUCUUUAAA